AUGUUUGGUUCCAAAAGGAAGGAAUCCUCCUCCAAGAGUGCUCCAUCUCUCACUCCCCAACAACAACUUUCCAUCCAAUCGGGUGCUUCCAACAGCAAUGUUUCCUCUCCUCUCUCUUCCUCUCCACAAGUCUCUUCAAGUGGUAGUGGUGGUGCUGCUGCUACUGCGAGUAUGUUCUCAUUGCCUUUGAAUGGUGGUCUUGUUGGACAGCAACAACAACAACAACAACACUUACCCACGGCACAACAAUCCAUUGCAGCACUUCAGAAGGAACAACAAGAUCGAUUGCAACACAUGCUCUCUUCCAUGGGAGAGGAUGAAGUGAACCAGGAAUUUGCAGACAUGUUACUCGAGAUGGGUGUUCCUGAAAAUAUUAGGAGAAAACAAUUAACGACCAAGAAUGUACAGGAAAAAUUGAGACGGUUGUAUCACUUUAAAUAUCACUCCACAAAUAACAAUGAAGAGCAACAACAAGAUCAAGACACUCCUUCAAUUCUUCUCUCUGCUUGGGAAAAACAUGAUUAUGACAUUAUGAGAUUGGCUCGUAUUCGUGAACUCUUGUUGGAUAAACCAAUUCGAUGGGUCAAUCAAUUCAUCAUGCAAGGAGGUAUCAAACAAUUAAUUCAUUGUCUCAACUCUACCAAUAUUCUCUCAAGAAAAGGUGAACGAGAUGAAUUGAUGGAUAUGGAAAAUGUAACUGCUGUAGAGAAUGAACCAGAAAGUGCUGACGCUUACUCAGAUGCAGGUGGUGAAUAUGGCACAUCGCAUUUAAUAUCAAACAUGUCACAUUCCAAUCUUUCAUCCUACAAUAAUCAGGACCAAACGUCGACACCAACUAAUUUGGUGGAUCAAGACAGCCCACAACCAUCAACCAAUCAAGUAGCCACAGUUGAAGAUCUUGAAAAACAAUCUCUCUGUAUUGAAGCAUUGAAAGCACUUCUCAAUACCAAUGUUGGUAUCGAGGAAUUUCUUGCAGAAAAAGACGCCAUGAAAAAUUUAGUGUUAAUUCUCGAUACACCCAAUAUUGAUGCAGCAUGUGACAUUUUACAAAUUUUAACAGUCCUGGCAAGUUGGGCAAGUCAUGGUUUUAGUUUGGUUGUGAGCGCUUUGAGUCACUACAGACUUGUGAAAAGAGAAAAGGCAAGAUUUUACGAUAUUAUUAAUCGUAUGAAAACGACCAAGAAUUUGAAAUAUUCCUUCUUUGCCUUACUCUUGUUUACCACAUUACUUGAAAAAUCACCUGAUGAAGGUACAAAAUCACUCUUCAAGAAGGAAUUUAGAAACCUUAAAGUUGGAGAAGCAACUGCCGAAUUGAAAAAGGAAGUUUUGGAAAGAUCGAUCGAGUCCAUGAAUGACCCAGAAGCUCAACAGCUCUUAUACGACUUGAAUAUUCAAAUUGAACUCUUCGAUGAAGAUGUGAGUAUUUGUCAACCCGAAUUCUUAGAGAAUGAUCUCUCCGACUCGGUCAAUGUUGUGAAAUUAUUGAAACAAAAAUUGAGUAGCGCCGAAGAUGAAACUCUCAGAAACAUGCUCCACGAAUUACUCACUGAAAUGAUCAUUUACAACUCAAUUUCAAUUGAUAAGAGUCAGACGGAACAACAAGUGGCUGAAAAUUGGAGUAAGAUUCGAAAACUUGUCGAUCAAGGUUUGGCACCCAAACGAGCUGAAGAAAAUUCUAAAAUUACCACUGAGAAGGAGAAACAACUCUCAGACAGAGUCAAGACCCAACAAUUCCAAAUUAACAACUUGCAGUCAGAACGUGAUUCCCUUCUUCAAGAAUAUGAACAGAAAAUUGAACAAGCGAUCAAGCGUAUGGAAGAGUACGAAAAGAAAAUUUCCGGAUUUGAGGAAGAAAAAGCUCAAUAUUUGAAGGAAAUUGAAGAAAAGAUUUCCACUGUUAAGAAUGAAUUAUCCACCGUGGAGAAGGAACGUGACAGCAAGCAAGAAACUCUAAAGUCGAUCAAGAAUGAACUUGUGAAAAUCAAUGAAGAAAUUGAGACCAUCAAGAAUGAAGUCUUCUCACGAAAAACCAACAAUGAACAAUUCCAAAAUGCUAAAAAGAUUUUAGACGAUAAGAAGAAACACUACUCACAAGAAGAGGAGCGAGUUGAAAAGUUGAUUGCAUCGACCCAACAAAAAAUUGAAAAACUCAAGAAACAAGAAAAGCAAUUAACAGAAGAACGUGACGAAUUGAAAAAGAAUCCACCCACAAUGGAGGAUCCAACCUUAGCAUCUACAACAACUACCACUCACACGAAUAUUCCACCACCUCCACCAGGUAUGGGUAAUGUUCCUCCACCACCUCCUGGCAUGGGUGGCAAUAUUCCACCACCACCACCAGGUAUGGGUGGCCAAGAUGCUUUUGUUCCUCCUCCUAUUGGUUUUGGAAAUGUUCCUCCACCACCUCCUGGCAUGGGUGGUGUGCCUCCUCCACCAGGUAUGGAUGGUGUUCCUCCUCCUCCUCUAGGCUCAGAUUCAGGAUUUGUCCCACCACCACCUCCUGGCAUGGGUGGCAGUAUUCCACCACCUCCUCCUGGCAUGGGUGGUGUGCCUCCUCCACCAGGAAUGGGUGGCGUUCCCCCUCCACCUCCUGGUAUGGGCGGUGGCGUUCCCCCUCCACCAGGAAUGGGUGGUGUGCCUCCUCCACCAGGUGGUGGUAUUCCAAUACCUCCAGGUAUGAGUGGUGGUGUUCCAAUGCCACCAGGUUUCGUUCCAGGUGUGCCAGGUGUUCCCAUGAUGGGUCGUGGUAAGCCAGCCGACAUGUUACCCUCUCUCCCAAGUAAGGCUCCAAAAGAAACCACUCGUCAAGUUCACUUUGAUGCUAUCAAUAAGAACAAUCUCUCUAAAACUAUCUUUAUUAAGAAGAAUAUUGCACAAGAAACCAAUGAAAUUAUUGAAAUGUUUGAUUUGGAUGAUAUUACAUCGGCCUUCUCCACACAAAAGAAAGACACUGGUGACAAAUCCGAUCAGUUACCAAAAGAAAAGAAGAAGGAAGUCAAAUCAUUGCUGGAUCCAAAACGUAGUUAUGCAGUCUCACUUCAAUUAGGUUCCAUUCGAGGUGUUUCCUAUGAACAACUUCGAAAGGCCAUUAUAGAGAUGGAUGAAAGUGUUGUAACAGCCGAUAAUAUUUUGACCAUUAAGCAAAUUGCUCCAGAACAAGAAGAAUGUGAUACUGUGAUGGGUUACGAUGGUCCCAUGGAUGAGUUGGCUGAACCUGACAAGUUCUUCCGUGUGAUGAAUGGCAUUCCGAAUCUCAUUGGACGAUUAGAUUCUUGGUCCUUUAAACUCCGUUUUCCAGAAAUGGUUUCUAAAAUUCGUCCAGAUAUUGAAAACAUGAUACUAGGAUGUAAAGAGGCAAGAGAAAGUGAAAAAUUUAUGGAAGUGUUAGCAGUGAUUCUGACUUUUGGUAACUUUUUGAACGGACAACAAAAGAGAAAAGUAUCCUAUGGUUUCAAAUUGAAAUCACUCCAGAAAUUAGCAGAUACUAAAUCAGGUGAUGGUAAAACGAGCUUGUUGCAAUAUAUUGUAGAUUUCAUUGCAGAAAAGAAGAAACAUUUGAUGGAUUUUGAUACUCAGUUAACACAUAUUCAACCUGCCACACGUGUCUUGGUUGGAAGUAUUGAUGAUGAUAUUAGUGAAUUGAAAAAGUGUCAUUCACAACUUGUUCAACAAAUUGAAAAAGCAAGAAAUAAUCCAUUCGAAGGGGACAUGUUCAUUGAAAAGAUGGAAGAAUUUGAAAAGAAGGUCGUUGGUGCUCUUGAAAUAAUUGAAGAAAAGUUCAAAGCCAUGAAGGCUGAAAUUGAUGAACUUGCCAAAGCAUUUGACGAGAGAAGUGAAGAUUUACAGAAAGAACCUGACAAGUUCUUGGCACUCAUUGAUCAAUUCAUUCAACAAUUCAAACAAGCAAAUGAAAAGAAUGAACAAGCCAAGAAGGCAGAAGAAAAGAAAAAGAAAGCUGAAGAAGAAAAGCUCAAGAAGGAAGCUGCCAAACAGCAAUUGAAGAUCAAUGCUGCCAAACAGAAAUUGGACACUCUUAAAAACAAAUCUACACUUGCAGAAGGUCGAGGAGCCAUGGAUGACAAGAUGCAACAACUCAAAUCUGCAGCAGCUACACGACUUGGUGUCACCCUUAAGAGAGGUGGUGUUCGAGGAGGUGGCAAUGACGAUUUAGAAGGAGGUGGCAAUGUCGAUAGCAGUUCUCUGAAUAGUGCUCUAUUAGGUCUCAGAAAGUAA